GAUCUGGGCCACCUGCAGUCCCUAGUUCCUCUUCUGUGAGCUGAAGUCUGUUGAUUCUCUGCUGCUUUCCCAGUUCCUAUAAGUGAGCCCUCCAGUUUGCUCACUCACAGGAGUCCAGGCCAUCUGCUGGGAUGCUGCUGCCCCAACUGCUUCCCUUGCUCUGGGUGAUUAAGUGGGCAUCUGGAGACUGCAUUACUCUCCCUAGAGAGUUCAGAGGUACGUAUCCAUUCCUGACAAUGGAGUAUCCGUCACUGAGUUACGAGUUACAGUCUGUGACGGUGCAGGAGGGUCUGUGCGUCCUUGUGCCCUGCACAGUCACUGAGUACCCCAUGAACUCAGACCUUGUCUUUGGGUACUGGUUCCAUGAAGGAGAGAAUACAGACCGUGACUCUCCGGUGGCUACAAACAACCCAAGUCAACUAGUGCAGAAGGAGACGCAGAGCAGAUUCCACCUCUCUGGGUACCUGAGGUUAAAUCACUGCUCCUUGGACAUCAGAGAUGCACAGAAGGGUGACAACGGGUCUUACUUCUUCAGACUGGAAAAAGAAGGUGUAAAGUGGAAUUUCUGUGAGGAUAGGAUCUUUGUGCAUGUGACAGCCCUCACUCACACCCCCAACAUCAGCAUCCCACAGACACUGGAGCUUGGUCGUCCUACCGAUGUGAUGUGCUCUGUGCCCUGGGCGUGUGAACGGGGAACACCCCCCAUCUUCUCCUGGAUGUCAGCUGCCCUCAUAUCCCUGGGCCCGACGACCGCCUUCUCCUCAGUGCUGACCCUCACUCCCAGGCUCCAGGACCAUGGAACCAACCUCACCUGUCAGGUGACCUUCCCUGGAGCUGGUGUGACUGUUCGAAACACUGUCCAGAUCAAUGUCAUCUAUACUCCACAGAACUCCACAAUCCAUGUCUCUGGAAGAGCUGGCCCAGGGAAAUCAGGGCCCCUGGCAGAGGUGGUGCAGGUAGCCAUGGGAGAAGCAGCACUCAAAUUCCUGCUUCUUGGGAUCUGCUUCUUAUUCCUCAGCAUGGGACCCCAUAAGAAGAGAGUGAGGAGACCAGCAAUAUACACGGUUCAUGCAGACACUGUCAUGGAUUAGUCUCUCAGGUUGUGGAGAUAGCUGGCAUUACACCCUGGAUCUGCCACACCCAGUUCAAGAGAGUCAGGGAUGAUGAUGCCCACUGAACAGACUCCAGACUGUGGACCUAUUGAAAUUACAUUUUCAUCUUGCUCCUCUGCUCUCUGCCCCUCUACAUCCUCUUAAGUCUUGUGUUUUAUUCUAUGGGUAUGAAUAUAGGGUUAUGGUCCUAUACCCACAGCCCUCAGGCCUGGAACUAGGAACUGAGAAAGAUGGAUACAGGGAGGGUAUUAACUAGUGUGACUAUAGGCCACCAACCCAUAAUCAUCUUGACCUCUGCUCACGGAUGCCCACUUUAAGUGUUUGGUUGUACUGGAAAAAAACAAAGAUAUGGGAGUUUAUCUUUUGAGGUAGAAAUACAGAGUUUAACAUCCUAUGCACACUCCCUAGUUACCAGGAACAAGAGAUAUCUGUGGCAAAAAUUGGGGUGAUGAGACUAAGGCUCAUAACAUUUCCUUUAUAAAAGAUUUUAGCCUUUGGAAAACCUGGGAAAAUCAGACUCUAUGCCACAGGAAGGGACAGAAUCUAUCAAGGGAUAGAGUUAACCAUUCCCAGGCAGAAAUCAGCUAAGUCUGCUGGUUAUCCUUGGGCAUCCAGCCCUCAAACUUCAUAGGAUAAGAACGAACAAGAUUGUCAUCCCAUUGACUGACCAAACUCUCUGUGACUGGGGCAGCCCAAAUUAACAUUAGAGAAUUUACAAGAGACUAAAAUUUGUCUACUGGGGCAGCCCAAAUUAACAUUAGAGAAUUUACAAGAAACUAAAUUUUGUCUAAUACUCAAAUCCUUCAGUCUGCACACUUUCCCUUAUUCUGAUGCCUGCUCUUCUGCCUUGUGGGUUAACACAUCUGGAAAACAGCAAUAUGACUGAGACUACUUGGUGAGAAUGGACUAAUGGUUUGACAGAAAGUUCUUCUUCUGAUGUUUUCCAAACUAAAUAGACAGAUUGAUCAGGACUUAGAGGUAUUAAAAGCUUCUGUUUCUGAAUUAAAACAACAGUUAAAUUCCCUUGCAGAAAUGUCCCCCAAAGGUGAAGAGGCUUAGACUUAAUUCUCCUGAGAUAAAGAAAACUAUGUACGGAUUUGGAAAAAAAAAUCUGUUAUCUCUAUGCUAAUUAAUCAAGAGCAAUUAGAAAAAAAAUCCUUGUCGUGGUUAAAAAAAUAAAACAAAACUCAGUACUCAAGAGGCAAAGGCAGGCAGAUCUCUGUGAGUUUGAGGUCAGCCAGAUCUACAGAGUGAGGUCCAGGACAAAAAUAAAGAAAGAAAAACAAAAAGAGAAAGAAUGAAAGAAAGGAGAAAGAAAGAA